GUGGGGGAUGGCUUUGUAUAGCCGUGCCGAAUGCCAAGGUCAUCACCGUUGUGGUGGAGAAAGGAAAGAUCAGAGAACGGAGCAGGAGCGCAGGCGGGCAGGCGCGCUGGCAUGUGCUGACUGGUAACAGCUGGCCACAGCAGCACGAUGACCUCCCCCUCCACUCUCCUCGACGCAUUCGCCGGCUUCCGCGCCGAGCUUGACUCACACCACGACCGCAACGAGCGCCUCGUCCGUUUCAGCCGCGACGUGACUGCCGAGAGCAAGAAGCUCAUCUUCCUUCUGCAGCGCUACAACCCAUGCGCUGACGCUGUUCGACAGGGAGGAGAUGCUGAAACGGCACAGAGUAGCAGCGGCACAGGACGGCUCGUCCACCCAGCCAACAGGAAAGUGCUCGAGCAGGCGGAGAACAAGGCAGAUGAAAUCACCCGUUUGAUCAUCAAGACUGCACAGCAGGAGCGCUUAGGGCCAGAGCAUGCGCAACAAAGCGGCAGCAGCAGCAACGAUGUCCAAACAACCAACGACUGGUUGCCGCCAGCUGUGCUGCAUGUGGAUCGCUACGAACGGGCAUUUGGCCAGGGCUUGGAAGAAUAUAUCGAAGCAAUUUCCUUCCUGCACUACCUUGAGCAUGGUGCAAUUCUUCCAUACUCUGUCCUGCAAGAGCGCUUCCGAGACUUAUCGUCGUCUGGCGCAGGCACAACACUGCUCAUCCCACCACAUCGCUACCUCCUCGGCCUCUGUGACCUAUCCGGCGAGCUGAUGCGCCACGCGACUAACGCCGUCGGGCUCGGCACCUCCUCCACGUCCGAACCCGGCUAUGUACCGACGGCGCCAGACGCAGUCGUCGCCUCCGUCUUGUCGACCAUCCGUGCACUAUAUGCUCACCUCGAAACCUUCACACCAUACAUCAGCCGCGGCGAGCUGAACAAGAAGCAAGCCGUCACCGAUCAGAGCGCGCGGAAGAUUGAGCAGCUACUGUACAGCAUUAAGGUGCGCGAGCGCGAGUACGCCGGCGGCGACGCGGGCGCACGCAACGAGAUGCUCCGCCGCGCGCUCCUUUCUGCGGCCGUGCCUUCGUCGGCAGCGGCGCCCUCAGCUGCUGAUGACGCGGGGCGUGUUGGCGGAGGCAAUAAGCGCCCACGCCAAGGCGGGCAUUCAGGUCGCCGCGACGGCGGCGGCGAAGAUGUGCACACCAACUUCGAUAGCGAUUGAACAAUUCUCCCUUAGAUACUACUGUAGCAUAUACUCACCUCCCCCUCAUCAGCGUGCGCAAGCAGACCAGGUCUGUUGCCCACUUGCUUGCUGGGCAAAAGAGCGCUGACAUUAGAGAG